GGACGUAGGAAUCGCCAGAAAAACCAGAUGCGGAUAGAAAUGGAGUUGUGGGGUGCGUAGGGAGAGGUGGUUGGUUUAUUUAUGUUUUCCGUUACCACUUUCGAUUCUGCGGGGAGCAAAACCAGACGAGAAAGAAGAAGACGACGACUUGAAAGUACAGCAACUGGGAGGAAGAAGAUUUUGUAAAAACUCAGGGUAUGGCAUCUAUUUACCUCUCAAUAUGCUCGACCUCGAAACCCUUAGUGGUGCCUCCUACAUCUUCAGCCGCCGUUGCAUCUUCUUCUUCUUCAACAAGCUGCCGUAGUUACCGCCGGUGGUCUCUUCUUUUCUCUACGCCGAUGUUUGGCUCUGGACGCUUGAUUUCUUCUACUAGUAGUAGGAAUACCAAUCGGAGCCGGCGGCAAAAGCAAGUGGUUUGUAUGGCUCCUGAUGAAGAAAAAUUGACUCGCCGAAAUCCUCUUGAUUUUCCUAUCGAGUGGGAAAGGCCCAAGCCUGGACGCAGACCUGACAUAUUUCCCCAGUUUAGCCCUAUGAAAACACCAAUACCGCCCCCAUUGCCAUAUGAUCCUCCUGAAGAAGAUGAAGAAGAAGAAGAAGAGAAAAAGAAAGAAGAAGAGGAGGAAGAUCCUGAGAAGGAAGAAGAACCAGAUAAGCCUGAGAAGCAGUAGUAUUUUUGUCACCACUAAGGAGCCUUGAAUUUCUCUAUUUGUUCUUUAUGUACUCUUGAUAGUUAUAUCCAGCUUUAAGUGAUGCUGAUAGAGUGGAUGAAAUGCAAUAAUCAUCCAGUAAGAGUUUUGUCAUCGCUGUUGUCUCCCAGUUCAAGCUGAAAGGAUCUUGCAAGCCUCCUUUCAGGACUUUUUAAAGGCCACAGGUUAUAAGUAGCGUUUUCAUUUCUUUUUUGGUUGGAAUUUGAAUAUUGUAUGAUGUGUUUGAUUAGUAAAUUCCAUUUUUGAUA